GAUACACAAGGUGCUUUUACUAUAAACCGAACAACAGGAAACAUUGAGACUGCAAAGGCUUUAGACAGAGAAUUUAAACAUCAAUAUGUGUUUAGGGCACUUGCAACUGACUGUAGCAUAUAUGGUCAAAAAAGUGCCACUGCCAAAGUUAUAGUACAUAUUGAUGAUGUCAAUGAUAAUGAGCCAAUAUUUGCAAUUAACCCAAUCCAGGUUCUUGUUUCUCCCCAAAUCUCUGUUAAUACAACCAUUGCUACUGUAUAUGCAAGUGACCCAGACCUCAACCUAAAUGGAACAGUGGUGUACAGUCUUGUGAAAACUGAUCCACACUUUUACAUUAAUAGAGAAACAGGAAAGAUUAAAGUCAAUAAGGUGCUCUCCUCCAUUACCUUCACAAAUACAGUUCUCACAGUGGAGGCUUCAGACCUUGGUACCCCAGCAAAAACAUCCACAGGUCUGGUUACAGUUACCCUAGAAGGACUGGAAAGAGAUGUUUACUUUCUCCAGAGUAUCUACGAGGCCAUAAUACAGGAAAACAGUGAGCCAGGCUCAUCAGUUGUUACCGUAGAAGCCAGACAUCAUAAUCCAAAUGGAGAUGCCAUAUUUUACAGCCUUAUCAGCGGUGACAAAGAAACCUUCAUGCUAAACUCUGAUACAGGAGAGCUCACGGUGAGGGAGUCUUUGCUACUUGAUGCAGAAGCCAACAAGAAAAUAAAUUUCGUCAUCGCUGCCAUGAGCAGUACUUCUGUGGCAUACUGUGGAGUUUCAGUAUUGAUCCAAGAUGAAAAUGAUAAUGUGCCAGUGUUUGAUCGAGACCAUCAUAUAACUUCUGUUUUGGAAGGU